UGGAUUUUGGAUUUUGGAUUUUGGAUUUUAGUAUUCAUCUUUUACAAUAUAGAUUACUAUAAAACGGUACCAGUAUAUUGGAUUUACGAUUUCACAUUUUCUGUUUUUCAAAGGAUGAUUCCAUUAAUUGUUUUCCCUUUUUGUUAUUUGUUUUACUUCGAAAUCGAAAUGUAAUUAUUCUGAAGCUAUUCCCAACCUUGAUUCUCACGAAAACGAAAGCGGUGAGAUUCUUAGCAGCUACCUGGGAUUCUUCCGUGAGAACGGUGCAAUAUUAAGCAUUCUAAGUAUAUAUAUCAUCUUGUCAUUUUCUCUCUUUCCUCCAUCAAUCUCUUGUCAAGUUUGAACAAUGAAUGAUCUAUUAGCAUAUCGCGAAGCUCGAAAAUUAGCAAAUUUACAAAAAGUUGAGAUACCUUUUCAAGGAAGAUCUCUUACAACCCCUACAAAAGUUUUGUAUACUAGUUUACAAAAACUUUAGAAAAGGCAAGUAAAAUACUUCAAAUAAUAUCACAAACAUACUAAUUUUUGCUUAAUUUCCAAUAGGAUAUUAUACCUGAUGCUUUUCCCGAUCUUGAAACUAUCGAGACAUUCCUUAUAUAGCAUACUAACAAUACCAGAGGGAAACUCAAUGAAAAGCUUUCUACUAAAACUCUUUUAUAUAAAGUAGGAAAAUUUGGAUAUAUAUAUGAUACAGUUUAUCAUUAUAAAAUUCCUGAUACUGUUCUUGAUCUUAUUCGCUAUGUAAGUAUUGUUAAUCUGAUUUACAAUUUAUACAACUAACCUCAAUAGUAUGUGUCGACAGAUUUGGCAAAGGAGCUGGGUCUCGAAGAUGCUGAGUAUGAUAAAGAGUGUACCGACUGGAUCGAUAUCGAGAUCAUGAUUCUUUACUUGACGGUGCGGGAUGUAUCUCCAUGUUGAUUGCAGAUGAUGGAGAACGGAUUGGUGCAAUCACUAGAUCAGACUCUUAUCGUGAAGGUAAUGUCGCGUUGUGCUAUAAGGUAAUUAUACUACAAAAGUAUCUAUAUAGUACAGAAUAAUAAUCAAUAUCUACAGGAUCUCAAUCUCUUUCUCCUUCCAGCACAAGGCUCGAGCUCAAGCCCUCGAUUCAGAUUGGAAAUCAAAAUUUGACAACAGGAAGAACAGAAGGGGAAAGAAGAAUAAAUAGUGAGAUUAUAGGGAAUGUUUUUUAAAAGUUUUGUUCUAACAAGAUAACAGCAUCAAGCAAUUAUAUUUGUUGAGGGAUGUUUCAGGUACUUGUAUUGUUUCUUGGAUUUUGGUAUUUGUAUUCAUAGAUGAUGUAUUGGAACAUUAUUCUAUACCUUCUCAAUUAUUUGAGAGGGAGAUGUCAAAUACAAUGGAGAUCCCAAUUAUCUUCAAACAAAGCAAAAUGCAUAUAUCUUUGUUUCGAAGGAUGGAAGGACCAGAUAAUCGAAAACUUCCUCUACUCUCGCGAUUUCCAGCACUUCUGUGACCACAGAUACUCAACGUAUCGUUGCAGCGAUGGGAUUUAGACAGCGUUUUACGUUUUACUGUAUUCGGCGUAGAAUGAGCAACGCUCUUUAUGAUAGUAAGUUUUUCAAUAUAUCUAUAUAGCGAAAUGUACUAACUAACUUCCAGACAAGGUUGAUAACUCUCGUAUAAAGCAACUUAUGGGCCAUAAUGGCUCAUCAGAUAAAAAUUUUCAGAAAUAUUAUCAAUCUCGAAAGGUGAAUAUUGACACUGGGAAUAUUUAUCGAAUGCAAUAACUGUGUUCAGAAAGGAUCGAGAUGUUAAAUAUGCAUUCUAAACGAGACCUUACAGCCCCGGUGAAGCUUUCAAUAGAAAAAAAAAGAGUAUUAUAACCAAGAUGAAGACAUACAAGAUCUACUUGCAUCUAGAAAGAGGUUGAAAUGAGAACUUCGAGAUCUACCCAGUCAAAAAGAGAGUACCCGAGCUAAGCUUACUAUUAUUCAAUGUAAUAUUGAAAGGCGAAAGACUCACAUAAGGAAACAUAGUUUGAGAAAAGUCAAAGAGAACCAUUUCGAGAACCUAUCGAAACUAUCCCAAUCCAACGAAAACUCCGAGUCUGAAGUUCCGAUUCCCCUUGUCGUUCGAUCUGAACUUUCCAACAUUUUGUAUCCUAAAGUAUUUGAUAGUAAAACUACCUUACUGCCAAUUGAAGGAUUGAUUGUAUAUUGUAUUAUUACAAAUACUUCGUAUCAUAAUUUACAAAAAAGGGAAUGGAUCACUUGUGGAAAAGGAGUAUAGAAUUACUGCACGUUUUAACGAAUUGAAAGGAUGUAGUUGUGAGGAGAUCAAUAAUGCCCUCCUACACCGGACUCCCCGGCGAUCCAGAUGU